AUGACUUCUUUUAUACCCAACUUCGAAAAGAAUCAUUGCAAUAAACAAAAUGAUACAGUACUCCAAAAGCACUUGAUGAAAAGCUGUAAAGUUGUUUUGGAGGAUGUUUGUUCUCUCAGUGGUGCUGAAAAGCUUAAGAUCACAACCUCUACUUCGGUUUCAUCCCACAAAAGUAAAUUGUGUCACACGGAAAAAAACAAACUUCAGAACCUCGAUGAGAAAGCCCCCAUUCUAUGGGGUAAGAUGAAUGAUAAGCGUUGGAGUGACUUAGACAGUGCUGUGCAUAGCAAGCUAAAGGCUUGUACCAAUCUAUCCAUUUCUGAGAAAGUUAAAACACUCGAAACUUUAAUUUACGAAGAGGCUUCAAAAAUAUUUGGUUGCCGCUCCCAAAUAAAACAAAAAACAUUGCCAGAGAAAAAUGUUCUGUUAGCGCAGAUUGCCUCAUCAACCAUCAAGGAGGAACUAACUGCCUUGCAAGAACUGUUGCAACAAGUUCGAAUAAAAAUAAGGGUGAUGCGUCGAGGUGAGAAACGAAGAAGAAGAAAGUGGAGCUUUAAGAACGCCCAAAAGGUUUUUAGGAAUGAUCCCUACAAAGCAGGAAAGGACCUGCUUAACCCUAAAUCAGAUAUUCGUCUUUGUGUUGAACAGUCUGUUCUGGACAACCAUAAAUUAUCUAGCUUAUCUGAUAAUUUUCACGACUCUUCUCUUCCCCUUCUUCCAGGUCUUCCACCACCUCCGCAGAUCAAGAAAGCUUUCUCAGCCACAUCUUUCAAAUUUUCUGAUUUCGCAAGUGUUUUAUAUACGCGUAGGAACGCCUCAGCUCCUGGGCUAAAUGGCAUAUCUUACAAAGUGUACAAAAAAUGUACGAAAAUUUCAUCCUUCUUGUUUAAUGUAUUUAAGUGUUGUUUAAAAAAUUGUGUUGUGCCUCUUCAAUGGCGUCAUGCCAAAGAAAUUUACAUUCCCAAAUCCAAAACUCCUGUACCAUCUAACCUAAAAGAUUUUCGACCUAUAGCCCUCCUAAAUGUCGAAGGAAAAUUAUUUUUUAGUAUUUUUUCAAGGCGACUAGAAACACAUGUCAUCCAUAACAAUAAGUUUAUUAACACGUCUGUUCAAAAGGGGUGCAUGGCGAAUGUUCCUGGCUGUUGGGAACACAUGUCGUCAAUCUGGGCAGCUUUAAAAGAUGCACGCUCUGCAAGAACUGAUCUUGCCACCAUUUGGUUGGAUAUCGCAAGUGCGUAUCCCUCAAUACCGCACAGAUUAAUCUUUUUUGCUUUGGAAAGGUAUGGUAUAUCUCCUAGUUGGAUUGCCAUUGUAAAGGGUUACUAUUCUGGGCUGUACAGCAAAUCAUUCUCCAAAUCUGCUCCAACCAAUUGGCACCAGCACUUCAGGGGCAUCUUCGCUGGCUGCACCCUGUCUAUCGUCUUGUUUUUAUCAGGCAUAAAUGUUAUUUUGGAGUAUACGCUGGCAACAUCUGUGUCAUGCUACAUCACCUCUAACAGAGUAUCCUUACCUUUAAUAAGGGCUUUUAUGGACGACAUAAACAUCAUGUCUUCUUCUGUUGCUGGAACACAAGUACUCCUUAACAGGUGCACCACAGCUCUAAGUUGGGCCAAUAUGACAUUUCGCGCUGAAAAAUCCCGUAGUUUUGUGAUCAUCAAGGGAAGAUCUAUCAAUAGCACCCCUUUUAGUGUAAGUAGCCCUGAAAACGACAUUGAUUUCUCACAGUAUAUCCCAUCUAUUCAUGCCUCGCCAGUGCGAUUUUUAGGCCGGAUUAUUGAUUGUUCUAUCUCAGACAGGAAGUCCAUCAACGAAUUGGAGGAAAAGCUGAUAGAAGGGCUUGGUGUCAUUAAUAAGUCCUUAUACACUGGAGCGCAAAAACUUUGGAUCUUGCAACAUCUUUUGAUCCCGCGAAUUCAGUGGCCACUGUUAAUAUACGAGGUCUCGAUGUCUGUUGCUGGGCGCCUAGAGCAAAAGGUUUCAGUGUUCAUACGAAAAUGGCUGAACUUACACCGUCCCAUCACAAACAUUUCCCUAUAUGCUGACUCCUCUCCUUGCCCUCUGCCCAUUAAGAGCCUCACUUCUAUUUUAAAAUCCGCAAAGAUUAGCGGCCACCUACUUUUGCGUCACUCCAAAGAUCCGAUUCUGUCAACACUCGAUCCAUCUUUAAAGGCAGGUUCUUGGAAGGUGAGCGAUGCAGUUAACAUAGCUGAGGGUGAAUUAAAGUACAAGACCAUAAGGGGUCCUGUACAGCGUGGACGAACCGGUCUUGGCAUUUGUAAAGUGGAAGUAAUACCACCUUUCAACGAAUUCGCACAAUCAACUUGCCCGCUCUUCUCUAGAACUUUAUUUAGGAAAUCAAAGAUAUACGAUGCGCAUGGACGUAACCCUAUCGAACAAAAAAAUGUCACACCUUUUCCAAAAUUAAGAUAUUUGUCAGGGUUAAAAAAAAUAUUCCCAACAAUUAAUUUUGUGUCAAAAGAAAGAGCGGGAAAGCAAAUCUUGAAAGAUGAUGUCCGGUUCAUUCUAUCACAUUAUCUAAUGUUAAAACUGUACACAGCAUAA